AUGAUGGCUGAUGAUGAGCAUUCAUUUCGUCGAAAUAACAGUGAACAAAACCUAAUUUUUAAAUAUCGUUUUACCCCAACAUAUCGACGUUUAUGUCUUUUUAUAAUAGUAAUUAUAUUUAUAUGUAUUUCUUUGUUAAAUUACAAUUCAAUAUUUAAAUAUAAAGAAAAUUUAUCAUUAAAACUAACAAUAAACUCAUCGAUUCCAACAUUAGCUCGUAUUCUUUAUUUAUUUAUAUGUGAAAAUCAAGCUGAAGUGGAUGCAUAUAUACAAAUAUUUCCAAGUGUAACAGCUGAUGCUAUUUUUUAUUGUUGGAGAGAAAAUUGUAAUUCAUCUAGUUUUCAUUCAUCAUUUCAUCUUUAUAUAAAUACAUGGUCAAGUAAAACGAAAAGAAAUGAAAAAUUAAUUUCUUUUCAACCAAUAUCAUCAUUUCAUUAUAUACAAUCUCGUAUAUUUAUUGUAAAUGAAAAAGAACUUAAUCCUAAACAGAAAUUAACUUGGACAACAGCACGAAAUAAAUUAUAUGAAGUAGCAUUAGAUGAAGAACGAAAUCAAAAUUGGCGUUGGUCAUAUUAUACUUUUGCUGAUGGAGAUGUACAUGUAGCAUGUCCACUUGCGGAACAAUUAUUAACAAAUAAAACAAUUGUUGAUUAUGGUAACAAUGAAGAAUAUUUAUUAGCACCACAUUUUUAUUCAUUUAUUAAUUUGACACAUAAUUUAACUGGAGAAGAUAAAUGUUUUUUACUUCAUGAUGCUUUUCUCUUCUCAAUUUCACCUGCUGUUGGAACAAUAACAGGUUCAAAUGGUCCAAUGGCAUUUCCUGGCCUUCUAACACAAGUUCUUUAUCAUAUUGAUGCUCUGUUUAAUGCAAUACAUCGUGAUGCACUUCCAUUCUUACUUCCUUAUUGUCCAAGAUAUGAUGCACAAAGUUGGUGGACAAGUCAAGCUAUAUUUGUUUAUCGUUCAUUAUGUCUUUAUGGACAUGUUAUUGGAUUUGAUGGUAUUCAUCUAGUUACACGAAAACAUCGUGCAUAUCCACGUGCUGGUAAUCCUUGGGCAAUUGAUAAUGAUAUGAAUUUAGUUCCUGAUUAUUUACUUCGACUUAAAAAUUACAUGCAACAAAGUCGUUUUGUUAGUGCAUUAGUUUUACAUAAUUAUGCUGGAUGGAAUCUUGAAUUAACAAGUGAAACAUGUCGCUCUAAUCAUACAGCUAUGAAACUUGAUACAUGUCUCGUAUAUGGUAAUAGUUAA